GCAUAAGGCAUGUAACAGCAGAGCGUACCGUUGUAGUUCCAGUACGAUACGGUGUUAAAUUCAAGACGUGACGACAGAUGAUAAUGUUUUCAACCCCAAAAUAAGUUUGAAACGUAGAAGUGACUUAAGAAUAUGGCGGCCGUAAACGCGUGCUUUGUAAAUGAUGACGGGGUUUCAUCGACGAAUGGGCGAACCCCUCAACAGCAACCGGUCAGCAACGCCACAAAUGCAGAAACUGCACAACAGAGGAGUGCUGUGUUCUGGCCAGUCACAGGAAUAAAGAAACUGAUGGGGGUGGACGAUUCGCUGUUCGGCCUCGGCACCACACGAACCCAGGUGCUGCAGAUGGCCUUAGCAGAGCUUGUGGGGACAGGCCUGCUCGUCUUUCUGGGAUGUAUGGGCACCGUAGUGGGGAUGUCGCACAGCGCUCACCCUCAUCUGCUCAUUGCCUUCGCAUUCGGGCUGACUGUCAUGAUCGUCAUUCAGAUAAUGGCACACAUCAGCAAAGCUCAUCUGAAUCCAGCAGUAACGUUCGCACUUGUCGUCAUAGGUGAUCUGAAUGUGCCAUUGGCUGGAGUCUACAUUCUUUCACAGGUCAUUGGGGCCACAUUAGGUUAUGGUGUCCUCAUGGCAAUUACUCCAGAUCGAGUUCUGAAAGAGCACAGUCCCAAUGGUACCUGUUGCGCGAUGUGCGUCACCACAGUAAAUCCUGAAAUGACAUCUCUGCAGGGCUUGCUUGCAGAGUUCCUGGUCACUUCAAUCCUUGUGCUUGUGGUAUGCUCAGUCUUUGAUAGGAGGAACGCACAUAACACAGAUUCUGUCUCGAUAAAGUUCGGACUAACAGUUGCAGCCAUCGCAAUGAAUGAGGGACCAUACACUGGUGGAAGUAUGAACCCUGCCAGAUCAUUUGGGCCUGCCAUUUGGACUGGAGUUUGGGAAAAUCACUGGGUGUAUUGGGUUGGACCACUUGCUGCAGGACUCUUGACAUCAGCAUUCUACAGGUUUGUGUUUGGUGUCCCUCCCGUACAUCAAUUAGCUCCUCAUGAAACAGACCAAGGUAUACUCCUAACUAGUGUGAGAGAUGGAGGAACAGAGGAAACCAAUAUGAAAUGAAAGUCAUCUCUAGUACAACAAUCUGUGCAAUACAACAGAAGUUGUGUUCAUUAGGAAUUAUAAUUUUACUGAAGUGAUAUUUCUUCUUUUUAAGCAGUCCUUUUCAACGGUCAGGCACUAUAUCUUAGCUACAACGAAAUUAUACAGAUUUUAUACAGUUACAUGUCUUGUGAUGGCUGUCUUCUGGAUUGUAGUGCCGUAUAAUCUGGUAGAAAAUCUCAAAUCAUAGUUACAUGUCUUGUCUUCCAUUCUGAAAUGUAUUUUGUAAACAGCAAAAUACUCAUUUAACCUAUUUAAUAUGUGAUUUUAUCAGUUAUCUAUAUACAUUAUUUUUGUUUUCUUUGAUGUCUCAAAGUACUUUAUAAUUUUAAUUAAGUCAGCACUUCCUUAAUCACAAGUUUGUUAUUAUAGGCAAGAUCUCUUCCAAAUACUAACUUGGAACGAUUUCAACAAGCUAAAAUGCACACUAAGAACAAGUUCUGCAUAAUCUACUUAUUCACAGAAGCUCAUAUUUCUAAUGAUAAUCUGACUGAUUUUGUCUCUAAGUCCUGUGUGUCCCAGAAUGUGUGUUCAUGAAGUGUAAGUUUGUCCUAAACCUAACUGAAAUGUAUGGUUCAAAUGAUCACAAAGCUAGUGUAAAAACAUUGUAUGUAAUGAAGUAUGUAUAUAAAUAAAGAACUAAUUACUUUCUCA